CCCCCCCCCUCUGCUGGAAGCAGAAGGCAUCAUCAGAGCUGCUUGGAGCAUCCUUGCUGCGCAUCAAUUGCUACAGAAACAUGGCCAGCCAGACUCAGGGAAUUCAGCAGCUGCUGCAGGCAGAGAAGAGGGCUGCAGAGAAGGUGGCCGAGGCUCGAAAACGAAAGGCCAGGCGGCUGAAGCAGGCCAAGGAAGAAGCCCAGGCUGAAAUUGAGCAGUAUCGCUUGGAGCGUGAGAGAGAAUUCCAGCAAAAACAACAGGCGGCACUGGGCUCGCAAGGGAAUCUUUCCACAGAGGUGGAAGCUCAGACCCGCAAGAAGCUGCAAGCUAUGCAUGGAGGGCAGGCUCGGGGCAAGGACCAGGUUUUGCGUCACCUUCUCAUCACUGUGUGGAAUGUGCAGCCCCAAAUUCACCCCAAUUUCCGUCUGGCUGUCUAAAGAGCCUAGUGCCCCUGACGGCAAUUGUCUGGGAGACUUCUGAUGUACUCCUUAUUCUAUAUAUUUUAGAUCCCCAAGUGCCCAAUUUCCCUGUUUCCACCUAAUUCCCACAGCACUGUCUUAUGCAGUGUUUCUCAACCUUGACAAUUUUAAGGCAUGUGGACUUCAACUCCCAGA